GGCCGUAGAGCAAGGAUACAGACCAACGGUCGAGCCUCCCUCGGCAACUUUGAAGCUCACCGACGGCGCCGUCGAGCUCGAGGCCAACUCCGUGCUGUCGGAGAAUGGCGUCCAUUCCGAGCCAUGGAUUCAGACACCUCUCCACCGCGAGGUGCUCGUUUCAGUUCAACUUCCACUUUCACAAGCUCCGCAGCACAACUUCUGUUGCUGCCUCUCUUUCGCCCACUCUUCCACAGGGAGAUUCCGAGCGAGCCGAGCAGAAUGGCCCCUCGAAUCCCAAUGGUCUCAGCAGAAAAUCCCAGUCGUAUUUUCCCAAACGAGGCCAAACCCUGGAAUUGGUCUGUGAAUCGCUGGCCUUUAAGGGAAAGGGUCUGUGCAAAGUGGCUGACACUGGGUUUGUUGUCAUGUGUGACCGAGCCCUCCCCGGCGAGCGUUUUUUCGGGCGAGUUACUCGAAUGAAGGGAAACUAUGCCGAGGUGACUAAGCUAGAGACACUAUCUCCUCAUUGGGACUUGGUUGAUGCCCCUUGUGAGUAUGCUUCUUACUGUGGAGGAUGUAAAACACAAAAUCUAUCUUAUGAAGCUCAGGUUAGAUCUAAGGAACAGCAAGUUCACGAGUUGUUGACUCAUGUUGGAAAAUUUUAUCAGAAAGAACUUGAAUCCCAUAAUGUUCUCAAGCAUAUUGUUCCUUGCGAUAUCCAGUUUCACUACAGGAAUAAGAUGGAAUUCUCAUUUGGUUCUAAAAGAUGGCUACCAAGGGAUGCAUUGAUAGAAAAACAGUACGGAGAUGAGAUCAAUGCUCUGGGACUGCAUGCUCCUGGCUUUUUUGAUAAGGUUCUAAACGUCAACAAAUGUUUAUUGCAAAGUGGACCUGCCAAUCAGGUUCUUGAAUCCAUACAAGAAUGUUGGAGAGAUCCACAAUUAGGUUUGUCUCCUUAUGAUGUGCAUUCUCACAAAGGAUUCCUAAAGCAUUUGAUGCUACGGACUGGAAGGGAUGUGAAGACUGGUUUGCCUGAACUUAUGGUUAAUUUUGUAACCUCAUCCUACAAGCCUGAGCUGCUGAUGCCUCUAGUUGAGAAAAUCUCAGAUAUUCCCGAAGUGGUUAGCAUUGUGAAUAAUGUAAAUUCCUCUGUUGGUAACACUUCUGUUGGAGAGGAGGAACAUGUUUUGUAUGGGAAAUCCACCAUCACAGAGAUCCUACGAGGUCUAACGUUCCAAAUAUCGGCGAAUUCUUUCUUUCAGACAAACACUCAUCAGGCAGAGGUUUUGUAUAAUCUGAUUGAAGAAUGUGCUGGCCUUAAAGGAGAUGGUUCAGAAAUUGUUCUUGACUUGUUUUGUGGGACUGGUACUAUUGGUCUUACACUUGCUAAAAGGGCUAAACAUGUUUAUGGCUAUGAAGUGGUUCCUCAGGCCAUCAAAGAUGCUUGUUUGAAUGCCAAACUAAACAUUAUUUGUAAUGCCACAUUUGUUCAAGGGGAUCUGAAUAAAAUUGAUGAAAGUUUUGGCAACAAUUUCCCCAAGCCUGAUAUCAUCAUUUCAGAUCCGAACCGUCCAGGUAUGCACAUGAAGUUGAUUAAGUUCCUUCUCAAGAUCAAGGCGCCUCGAAUAGUUUAUGUAUCAUGUAAUCCUGCAACUUGUGCUCGCGAUCUUGAUUAUCUCUGUCACGGCGUGGUGGACCAAGGCAUUAAAGGUUGUUACAAACUGAAGAGCUUACAGCCUGUAGAUAUGUUCCCCCACACUCCUCAUAUUGAAUGUGUUUGCCUACUGGAACUCAUUCCUGAUUCCCAGUUGGGGCCAUGAUUUUUUUUUUUUUUUUACUGAAAUUCAAGCCUUCUAUUCAUGGAUUCCAACCAGGGAAGAGAAGGAUUUCUAUAAAUAAUUAUGCUGUUUUUUUAAUCAUAUCUUAUAGCAGAGCAAGAUGAGGCGGUUUUAUGCGUUUUGUAGUUACUAUAGAAUGUAUAACAAAUGAGUCAUUAGUUAAAGCAAUCUGUAUCAUCUUCUUAUUUUGUUUAGUUUAUCCAAAAAUUAGAACAGCUGAAGUCAAUGAAAGCUAUCGUCGUUUCAUGACAGUGGUUGCAGGGUUGUUCUGUUUGUCUUUGUUUUAGGAGAUGCGUCUUGUAGCAUCUGUUAGAAUCCAUAUAAAUGAAUUAAAUUUACUA